AUGACCUUGGUCCAGAUCUCGACGCAGCGGCUCGGGAGAUGGCUGGCUGCACUAUUGCUGCUGCCCGCCCAACAGGCUUUAUCGCUAUCAGACCAGAUCCUCAAGGAUGUCGACUACCCUGUGCUGCCUCUGCUUGGUCCGUUUCUGACUUGUCCCGCACACUCACACCAGCUGCCCCUGCCAAAUGAGCAACAUGGUGAAAGACCGGUAUGGGAAAUGAAGCCCUCGCCGGGAAAGGGACGCGGGCUGUUUGCUGCUCAAGUCAUUCUUGAAGGAACCCAUGUGCUGGUCGAGAAGCCUCUCUUGGUUGUGAGUCCUCCAGCCCUGGUCCCAGGCAUGGGCUAUUCUCUGUCUGCAAUGGCUGCGGAUGUGAACCAAGAGUACUCGCGGCUCAGCCCAGAGCAGCAAGAAGAAUAUCUCUCGUGUCACGAGCAGAGACUCGAGGGAGAUAGCCAGGACGAGUCUGGCCGGCUCAUGGCGAUCCUCCGAAGCAACGCCUACAACUUGGACGACGGCAGAGUCGCUAUCUAUCCCAAAGUGGCACUCAUCAACCAUUCCUGUCAGCCUAAUGUGCUGAAUGCGGAUAACGGAGGGACGAGGAUCAUCGUAGCCACACGAGAUAUUCAGGAGGGAGAAGAGAUCUUUACAACGUACAUCCCACUGCUUUUGGAUACGGAGAGCCGCAACCAGAGGCUGCGCCCGUACGGAUUCCGUUGCAACUGCGCAGCCUGCCGGACUGGGGCUUCGGACACAAGACGUGUUCAGGCCGGGAAGGACCUCAGGGAGUUGGAGAGCGCGCUCCAGACGCCCGGUAAAAAGACCAGACUUGCAAGAAACAAGCUCAUGUCGACUGCUCAAGCCCUGGCAGAGUACGUUGAAGAGGAGGGACUCGCCGAUUAUUACGCCAAGACAAGCCGGCUGGCCUUCGACCACGCCGCCAUGGCUCACAAUGAGAGCAACGCCAGGAAAUGGGGACGGAAACACCUGAAGCAUCAUGAGAUGGUUGACAGAAACUCACGCGAGUCGCAAAAGGCCCAGGGACUCCUGGACUCGCUGUGA